CUAAUGGAGGUGUAGUUGAAUGCCAAUUUAGGGGAUAAAGGUAUAUUUAGAUCCCGUGUCUUUUCCCUAAACAUGUGGCAUACCUCGUACUUGUAUUCUUCUCGGUGUAGAUGCUCUUCUUCUUUUUUUUCUUCCUCUUUUUUUCUUUUUUUUAGAAGGCAAUUACAAUAUUGGUUGUGACCCCAUGACGAGAACUAAUAAUAGUAGCAGCUAAGUGACUUAAAUGAGGUACCUACCUACCUCUUAUUUGAAGAGGGGCUGUAUUGAAUAGGUACCGACUUCAACUCAACAACCCGUAUUAAUCUGUCCGGUUCCAACUCUCUUUUACAAAGGUGAAUGUGACAGUCGUUAACCCUUAGGUACCUAGAUGAAUUGUUUCUAGAGAUGCUCUUCAAUAUCUUCCCACUCAGCCCGGCUAACCUGUUAGCUGUGUGUUUGCUGUUAAUCACCGUGCUUUGGCGUCGGUAUGCUGCUAAACACGCCAGUCUCGUCGCGUACGAGAAGCGCGACGAUGUAAAAGGCAUCCCUUCGACGUUCCCCUAUGUCUUCCCCCUUCUAGGAAAUCUCCCAAUUAUGUACUUAUGGAACCCGAAAGACUUCGUCUUGAAUCCCAAGAACUUCUUCCAGAGCGCGCACCCUGUUCUGGUCAAAAUCCUUACUCAGGAGUUCUACGUGGUCCAGGGCCCAGAGAACGUCAAAGCCCUCUUUAAGGCUUCUUCGGUGUGCACAUCAAUCCCCUUCGUCAAAUUCGCUCUUGGGUACGCUUUCGGCUUGCCAGCUAAGGCCCUGAGUUUAUAUGACAAGGACGACUCUGGUGGUGGCCAUGUGCCUCACCCGGGGAGCACGGUGGAGGCUCGCAACCGUAUUGACUACCGCGGGCAUCAGUCCAUAGUCCAAUUUCUAGAAGGCAAAAAACUUCUGCCUUUCUGGAAUAGGUUCGCAGACGAUAUCACGCGUCAAUUGUAUAAUUUGUACGGUCGCAUGGGAUCUGACUGGGAAUACCGCGCUGAUCUGAUGAAGACCAUUGGGGAUGAAGUCACGGUCUCGACCCUUAAUGCUCUUUGCGGCCCAUACCUCCUGAAGCUAAAUCCAACUUUCCUAAAGGACUUUUGGGACUUUGACCGCAACUUACAGACUUAUCUUCAAGGGAUCCCUUGGUUUCUUGCGCCGAGGGCUUACGCGGCUCGAAAGAGGGUCCUGAACGCCGUCAAAAUCUGGCAGCAGCACGCAAGGGAUCACUACGACGACUCCGCCAUGGGUGCCGACGGUGACGACCCGUUCUGGGGGAGUAGCUUCUUUCGAGAGCGGCACGAAAUGUUUCUUGAAAUGGACGGUUUCGAUCACGCUGCUAUCGCAUCCCUAGAUUUCGGAGCAAUAUGGGCAGUAAGGAAUUCUAUCGCUACUGUAUCAUGGGCUAUUUUCGAAAUAUAUAGGGAUCCUGAACUGCUUGCUAGUGUGAGGGCCGAGGUCGAUACCUGUGCUACCAGAAGUGCGGAUGGCCGCAUCCAGUUCGAUAUAGACAAAUUGCUUCGUUUGCCAGUCCUCCAAGCUGUAUAUGCUGAGACCUUGAGACUUAGGAUGCACUUCUACAUCAUUAAGAUGCCCGAUAGGGUUGACAUGAAAAUCCGAGACUGGAUUAUAUCGAGGCGAAAGGUAACUGUUACGUUGACGACAGCUGCACAUAUGGAUUCCAAAGCGUGGAACACUGGCUUAAAUAACGAGCACCCCGUCAACGAGUUCUGGGUUGGACGAUUCCUUACUUAUUAUCAGUCUGGAAGUGAGCCCUGCAACGGUCAGGCGUACGGUUCCACCCCCGCGUUUUCAACAAAAGAGUACGAAGGAUCAUGGAUUCCCUACGGCGGCGGACCGAGACAGUGUCCCGGCCGGCAUUUUGCGAAGCGCCAGAUAUUACUGACCACUGCCUUAAUAAUCAGCUUGUUUGACUGCGAGAUAUCGGAAGAGGGAAAAUCUGUGCAAGAAGAUUUGACGUUGAAAGGAUUCGGUGGUGGAAUAUCGCAUCCCAUUAACCCAGUGCCAAUAUAUAUAAAACAAAGGAGAUGAUACUUAAUGCUAAAGGGGGACUGGCCUUUUAGCUAAUUGAUUCAUUAGAUUGAAUUCAAAGUUAAAAGAACGCCUCCUUUUAAUACAUGGGUUUUCUUACACAUUAUGGCAUUAACACAUUUCCCUUUACCCUUUACCCCCACAUCCUCGUAACCCCGCCCCCUUACUC